AACCAACAUGCUUCAGCCUGGAGGAUCUCUACUACUUCACUCUACCACGCUCUAGAUCAUUCAUCUCAUCCUGCACAAUGGACAUACAAGCCUUUGCCAGAGAACAUGUCACCCAAAUCAGCGCAACAAUCGCUCUUGUUACGUAUGCCACGACGAGAAAGAAGCUCACGCCUGCGGGCAUCGUGUCCGGAAUCAUCGUAGCAAUCAUUCACAUGAUCCAUCCUUGGCAAGCAUUUUUCUGGCUAUUGAUGGUAUUCUUCCUUCUCGGGACCGUAGUGACGAAAAUCGGCCACACCAAAAAAGCCCACCUCACCCAAUCCGCCACAGGCGGAACCGGCGGCGAAGGCGCCCGCAGCGCAGUCCAAGUCUUCGCAAACUCCGGCUGGGCCUCCAUCCUCAUCGCCAUCCACGCCUACCUACUCCGCAACAAGUCUCCGUUCAUCUCCUCCGUUGUCCCAGGUCUAUCCGCAGGCCCUCACUUCCCCGUUUUCGAAAAACUCCUCCCCAUAGGAAUCAUCGCCCAAUACGCCGCCGUAGCAGCAGACACUUUCUCCUCCGAACUCGGCAUACUAUCAAAACAGAAUCCCUUCCUCAUCACAGCCCCUUGGAAAUCCGUACCCAAAGGCACAAAUGGCGGCGUCACAAUCGACGGGUUCAAAUAUGCUGGACUAGGCUCUUCACUCCUCGUCGCUGUCGCAAUCGCUUCUUUGACUCUUUCUCCUCCGCACGUGGAUGUCCAACCUCAGAUUACUGUCACAUUAAUCGCUGCUGGGAUCGCAGGGAGUAUUAUCGAUUCUGUGCUUGGCGCGCUGUGUCAGGUUACGGUUAGUGAUAGGGGGACGGGGAAAGUUGUGGAGGGGCCGGGGGGUACGAGGGUGAAGGUUUUGCCUGGGGGGACGAGAGUGCAGGUUGGGAAGGAUUUGUUGACGAAUAAUGGGGUGAAUUUUGUGAUGGCUGCGUUGGCGAGUUUGGGGGCUAUGGGGGUUGCUGGUGUGUUGGGGCUGGAGUUGAGGGUUUUGAAGGGGUAGGCUGCGGAGGAGAGAUGAUAUCAGGUCAGUCAGGUGUAAUUGGAAUGUAUUUAUAAUGGAGGACUGUGUUCGUCAGAAAUGGGCUUCAGGGACAUUUCCCCUCCCUCUCGUGAUUUGAGCGAGAGCUGAAGGUUCCAUGGCUUUACGUGAUCGUUUUGUAACAACGUAGUACACAUUUCCCCGAGAAGC